CCGUCUCAGUUGUCGGUGAGGCCGGCGGGGCGGAUCCCACACCAGACUGAAACAGCAAAUAAAGCAACACAACAAUAACUUGGCCCUUUUUUUUUGUACAUUUCGAUCACAAGCUCCCCUGUGGAUAUAAAACAGCAAGAUGCCCUCAGCCAUGAAUGCAAAUACGACAGUUCAAUCUGCCAGCCCAGAGGUGGGAUCCGCUCCAGGUUCAAUGGGCAGUUUUGCACUCGGAGGACAGUCGGAAGUCUUGAAGCAGGUGCUGUGUGUUAUCGACAAAAAGGUCCGCAACAUGGAGAAAAAGAAGGGCAAACUGGAGGAUUAUAAAGUCAAGAAGAAUAAAGGAGAUGGUCUCAACCAGGACCAGCUGGAGGCCCUCGCCAAAUACCAGGAAAUCACGAACAACUUGGAAUUUGCACGAGAGUUGCAGAAAACAUUUAUUGCAAUGGGACAAGAUAUCCAGAAGAUUGUGAAGAAGUCUGCGAGGCGGGAGCAGUUGCAGCGAGAUGAGGCGGAGCAGCGGAGGCUUAGGACGGUUCUGGAGUUGCAGUUCAUCCUGGAUCGACUGGGUGACAGCACUGUACGGCAGGACCUGAAACAGGGAGUUGGAGGCACACCACUGCUGACAGAUGGGGACCUUGCAACUUUUGAUGAGUUCUACAAGUUAGUGGGACCAGAUCGGGAUCAAAACGUGAGGUUGAUUGACCAGUAUGAAGAUGCGUCUGUGCACCUCUGGGACCUGCUGGAAGGCCGGGAAAAGGCUGUGGUUGGAACAACGUACAAGGCAUUGAAAGAGACUUUGGACCAGGUUUUGCUGAGCGGGUACUUUGACCGGAUUCCAUCUCACCAAAAUGGAGUGUGUGAGGAGGAGGAAGAGGAGGAAGAAGAGGAGGAAGAGCCAGCCACAGCAGCAGCACCAACGGCAGCACCAGCAGCAGCUGAGUCGUCGGAAGCAGAAGAGCAGACUGUUGAUCCAGAAACUGAAGUAAUCGAAGAAUUCACAGAUCCCAUUGCGGUGGAAACGACAGAGUUGUUUUUCCCCCCUCAGUUUGUAAACAGACAGUUUAUCAUGGAAAGCACUUACAGCGGCAGUGAAAAGGAGCAGGGAGACGAGUGGACCAGAGAAACAGAGGCUGUUGGUACGUUGCAGCAGCAACCGGUUCAGCCUGCAGCGCCCCCCGUUGCCCUGGAAACCCACCCCAUGAACUUGACUUCUCCAGUUCCGCCUGCUGACCCCAUGGCCCGCAAGCAAGUCGUGCAGGACUUGAUGGCGCAGAUGCAGGGAACAUACAACUUCAUGCAGGACUCCAUGUUGGAGUUUGAUGGACAGGCCAUUGACCCAGCCAUCGUAUCGGCGCAGCCUAUGAAACCCCCUCAAAACAUGGACGUGCCACAGAUGGUUUGUCCUCCAGUUCACCCGGACUCCCGGCUAACACAAUCCAACUCCGUUCCUGUACAACCUGAGCCCACACAAGUCCCCAUAGUUUCUCCAACACCUCCACCAAUGUAUCAGACUCCACACACGCAAGAUCCUCGACCCUCAACAGAGUCCAUCGACCCCAUUCAGACUUCCAUGUCAUUAUCAUCAGAGCAGCCUCCCCCCUCCACCGCCCUCCCUCCUGCCUCACAGACGCAGGUUUUCCAGCCUGUUUCCAAAGCUCCUCACACCAGUGGCAUCAAUGUCAACGCAGCUCCAUUCCAGUCAAUGCAAACAGUGUUCAACCUUAAUGCUCCAGUCCCGCCAGCUACUGAGACGGAGGCGUUGAACCAGGCCAACCAGUACCAGAACAGCUACAAUCCGGCCUUCAACAGUCAGUCGCCGCAUCCUGCAGAGCAAACGGAAAUGCAGUCGGAGCAACUACAAUCUGUUGUUGGUGCCUUCCACUCCCAAGACCAGUCUGGAGGUCACCAGCAGCCCACCCAGCAAGGCCCGGGCUUCGGUAGACAGGGUCAGUCUUUCUACAACAGCAGAGGCAUGUCUCGUGGUGGACCCCGCAACGCCAGAGGAAUGAUUAACGGCUACAGAGGCUCCUCGAACGGAUUCAGAGGUGGUUAUGACGGUUAUCGUCCUCCCUUUGCCAACACUCCAAGCUCUGGUUACGGACAAGCUCAGUUCAGCACACCUCGGGACUACUCAAACGGGAAUUACCAGAGGGACGGUUACCAACAGAACUAUAAGCGUGGAACGGGCCAGGGACCCAGAGGAAUGUCAAGAGGCAGCGCUCAAGCAAUGCGAUCCUGAAAAGGCCUUUUAAUAAUGACUGUGACUGAAUAACUUGCACCACACUGAACAUUUAAAAUUUUAAAAUUGCAUUUGCCCCGGCUCACUUGCUCUGUUUUCUUUGUUCUUCAUCAGUGGUAUUUUUUUUCUUUGUUCAAUCAAGGUAAUGCCUGCUUUGGUAUUUUGAAAUAAUAAAUCAUUUAGAGUUUAAAACACAAGGUAAGCUGUAGAUUCAAUCAUCGAUUUACACAAACUGUGUGUUUUCAAUAUCCUUGUAAACUUGAAAGAUUUCAUAAGUUAUUUUUUUUAAUUUUUAAAAAAAUGCCUUUUGCCACCGCUGGCCCGAGUCAUGGGAGUUUCCUUCUCUUUCUCAGUUCUGUUGUUAUUUUGGUUACAAAACAUAAUAGAAAAGCAUUUUUUUUUUCUCUUGGUUCAUGAGCUCCCCUCUCCUUGUUUGUAAAUUGAUGUUUGCUUCAAGAUUUCAAUAAAGUUGUGUUGCAUACUUUCA